CGGGAGGCCGCGCGGGAGGGCAGGGCGCACGGACCGCGCUCUCCGGCCGCAGACUCCGCGCCUGAAUCGUGCGCGCUGGGCACUCGCUUGCCGCCCGCGCACCCGACUCACCGGGGCGCAGCGGGAGCCCGUGCGGGGCAAGCGGCCGUCCAUGCGGCGGCGCUCGGGAAGCACGCGGAGCUGAGGAGGCUGACGCUCCGGAAUAGCUCCAGGAGUUGAAGAUCACUUGAACCUGCAGAAAACGGGGGAUCCCUCUGAGGAACCCUUGCCUUGGCCUGGACCUGCAGCAUCAUGGUUUCCCAUUCCACAAGCUGUCUCAGUGCGCUGGCCACCCUCCUGCUGCUUGGUUCUCAGCUUGUUUGCCCACAGUCCUCUACUGAACACAGAAAGGUCCCACAACGGAUGGCCGUGGCAGAGGGAACCCCAGAGGACAGUGGUGGUGGCUCUCCAGGAGUUUGGGGCUCUUGGGGCCCCUGGUCUGCCUGUUCACGCAGCUGCAGUGGCGGUGUGAUGGAGCAGACGCGGCCCUGUUUGCCCAGCUCCUACCGCAGUCGUGGAGGUUCGCGACCCGGUGGCCCUACGCUGUCCUUCACUGGCCAUGUCGUGUCAGCCGUACGCACCUCAGUACCACUGCAUCGAAAUCGUGAGGAGCAACGUGCCCCGGCUGGCCCCGAUGCUAGCCGCCCAGGCCCCACAGUGGUGCGAGGCAGCCGCCACCCACAGGCCCGGGGCCGAGAACCCUCAGAGAGAAGGAGCAGGACCCGAGGUCCCAUCGGCCCUGGCAAGUACGGUUAUGGGAAGGCUCCCUACAUCUUACCACUGCAGACAGAUACCACGCAUACUCCGCAAAGGCUUCGGAGACAAAGACCUUCAUCCCGACCUUCCAGAUCCCAGGAGGCUUCUGCUUCUAGGCAGGGCUACAGGCCACCAUCCCACCAGUUCUCCCACAGUGGACCUCUCUACCAAAGUGACAGCGGCUCUCGUUCUGGACUGCCGGCUUCUGAGGCCUCUAUCUAUCAGCUGCCCUUGACUCAUGAGCAAAGCUAUCCUGCAGCUCCAGGUCUCUACCACAGUCCGGAACUGAGCAGCAACGGCGGUGCCAGGCCCCAGGGCUCAGCUCAGGCCUUUCCCCAGCAUCUGCGGUCUACAGCCAUCUCGUGCAUUGGGGCCUAUCGGCAGUACAAACUGUGCAACACCGACGCGUGUCCGGAAAGUGGUAGAAGUAUCCGGGAGGUCCAGUGUGCAUCCUACAACAACAAGCCAUUCAUGGGCCGGUUUUAUGAAUGGGAACCAUUUGCAGAAGUAAAGGGCAAUCGCAAGUGCGAGUUGAACUGCCAAGCAACCGGCUACCGCUUCUACGUGCGCCAAGCUGAGAAGGUCAUUGAUGGCACCCCCUGUGAUCAGAACGGCACUGCCAUCUGUGUCUCGGGACAGUGCAAGAGCAUCGGCUGUGAUGACUUCCUGGGCUCUGACAAGGUCGUGGACAAGUGUGGGGUGUGCGGAGGCGACAACACGGGCUGCCAGGUGGUGUCGGGAGUGUUCAAGCAUGCCCUCACCAGCCUGGGCUACCACCGCGUCGUCGAGAUUCCCCAAGGAGCCACGAAAAUUAACAUUACAGAGAUGCACAAGAGCAACAACUAUUUGGCCUUGCGAAGCCGCUCUGGCCGCUCCAUCAUCAACGGGAACUGGGCAAUUGAUCGCCCGGGGAAGUAUGAGGGCGGAGGGACGAUGUUCACCUACAAGCGACCCAAUGAGAUCUCCAGCACUGCUGGGGAGUCCUUUUUGGCUGAAGGUCCCACCAAUGAGAUCCUGGAUGUCUAUAUGAUACACCAGCAGCCCAACCCAGGAGUCCACUACGAAUACGUGAUCAUGGGGAACAAUGCCAUCAGCCCGCAGGUGCCACCCCACAGAAGACCAGGAGAACCGUUCAAUGGGCAGUUGGAAGCAGAAGACAGACGCCUGGAGGACAGAGACGACCGGGACAAGAACCAGGAGAAGGAAGACUCACAUGCCGAGGCCCCUGAGGUACUGACUUCGGCAUCCUCACACACGCAGACUUUCCCCGUCAGGCAUCCUGACAGAUUCCCUGCCCACCGACCAGACAACUUGGUGCCACCAGCACCGCAGCCCCCCAGGAGAAGCCGGGACUACAACUGGAAGCAGCUGGGGACAACAGAAUGCUCCGCCACCUGUGGGAAAGGAUCACAGUACCCGAUCUUCCGCUGUGUGCACAGAAACACACAUGAGGAGGUUCCCGAGAGCUACUGCGACUCCAGCAUGAAGCCAACCCCAGAGGAGGAACCCUGCAACCUCUUCCCCUGCCCAGCCUUCUGGGACAUCGGGGAGUGGUCUGAGUGCAGCAAAACCUGCGGCCUGGGCAUGCAACACCGCCAGGUUCUGUGCCGCCAGGUGUAUGCCAACCGCAGCCUGACAGUACAGCCCUACCGCUGCCAGCACCUAGAGAAACCUGAGACCACCAGCACCUGCCAGCUCAAGAUCUGCAGCGAGUGGCAGAUUCGGACCGACUGGACCUCGUGCUCGGUGCCCUGUGGCGUGGGGCAGCGGACCCGCGACGUGAAGUGCGUGAGCAACAUCGGGGAUGUGGUGGAUGACGAGGAGUGCAACAUGAAGCUCCGACCGAAUGACAUCGAGAACUGUGACGUGGGGCCCUGCGCUAAGAGCUGGUUCCUUACAGAAUGGAGUGACAGGUGCUCAGCCGAGUGUGGGGCUGGCAUGAGGACUCGCACAGUGGUGUGCAUGACCAACCACGUCAGCAGCCUGCCUCUGGAAGGCUGCGGGAACAACAGGCCAGCAGAGACUACACCGUGUGACAAUGGGCCCUGCACAGGCAAGGUGGAGUGGUUCUCCGGCAGCUGGAGUCAGUGUUCCGUUGAGUGUGGCAGUGGGACACAGCAGAGGGAGGUGAUCUGUGUUAGGAAGAAUGCAGACAUCUUUGAAGUGCUAGACCCUUAUGAGUGUUCAUUCCUGGAGAAGCCUCCGAGCCAGCAGGCCUGCCACCUUAAGCCUUGUGGAGCUAAAUGGUUUAGCACAGAAUGGAGCAUGUGCUCCAAGAGCUGUCAGGGCGGAUUCCGGGUCCGGGAAGUGCGGUGUCUGUCAGAUGACAUGACCCCCGGUAGCCUCUGCGACCCCCAGUUGAAACCAGAAGAGAGAGAAUCCUGUAACCCUCAGGACUGUGUCCCUGAAGUUGAUGAAAACUGCAAGGACAAGUACUACAACUGCAAUGUGGUGGUCCAGGCGCGUCUCUGUGUCUACAACUACUACAAGACCGCCUGCUGUGCCUCCUGCACCCGCGUGGCCAACAGGCACACAGGCUUCCUGGGAAGUCGAUAACGCUCCUGCUCCCCCGCGGCUGCAAGCAGUGCACCUGGCUGGCUGGUGCUCCGCCAGGGACCCCCACUCUCACCUUCAUAAAGUGUACCACCUGGUACCCAGGAUGCUAGAACGCCCUUUGAGCAUCACUCUGUCCUGAUGACGCCCUUCCUUAGGAACUGGCACCUGCUAAUGGGGCCUACUGAAAACCAAGCAGUCACAUGCAUGCGGCUCUCAUCCCAACUUCAGGCUUGCUGUCGUCCAGGUCAGCCACUGGACCACUGACCCGGCACAGCCUCCUUCCUGGUGCUACUGGCCUGUCCAGAAUUAGCACCCCUUUGGAAAGUCAAGAGAGGAGAGCACCCCAUCCUACGUCACCAACAAACCUUACUGAGACCUGUGCAUCCCUGUUACCUCAGCCAGCCGUGCCUGUCACCAUUCUUAAGGACAAUAGACUGUUUCCCACCUCAGGACAGAGGUAUCCCACAGCAGAGUGCUCUCUUGUUUAGCAGGUACAUACAUUCUCAGACCUUAGCUCACUGGAGGCCAUAGUGUCCCAGAACGGGAAGCAGGGGUUGAAUAAGUGCUCCUACUUGACAAGGAAUGAGGCUCAACUCAGAUAACUGAGCUGGCCAUUUUGUGCCAAGGCUGAGUGCCUACCUCAGAUGCCUGAGCAUAACCUCACCCCACAGCGCCUCCAGUGGCCAACCUGGGGCCUGUCCACUGGCCUUAUAGUCUGAAGAAUGACCGGGGCUUCCUAUCGGACCAGGGGUCAAGUUGUAUUUUAUGAAUGGAGCCCAAGCUUCUGAAGCCCUUCCUCUUCCCCCAAGUGCUCUGUCCCCAAGUGCUGCCUCACCCGAGUAUUUAGUCCUUUGAAGAUGUCUGCACCCCUGUUCCCCUUCCCUAGGUCGCAGCUCCUGCUGACAGGACUCUGUGGUGUUUGCUAAGUUCCAUCCUCAACAGAACUUUCCCACAAGACAAAAAAAAGCCACAGGGAGAGCAAGAAUGUGGCCAGGGGUUUUCUGGGGCACUCUGGAGCUGGAACAAAUUCCCAAAUCCCACAAGCUUUAGUUCCGCCCUCUCUCCUGGGUUCUCUGUGGCCUACCCCCUGCUGGAAAGCCAAGCCAAUAGUCCCAGGAAAUCUCCACGUUGCAAUAGGAGGAGUCUGAUUUGGGCCUUGUGGGUUGAUUAAAGGGUUUCUUGCUGGUAGUCUCACAUCCUCCCUACUCUCCCUCUCCCCUCCUCUCCCCUCCCCUCCCCUCUUCCCCUGUGACUCAUGACUCUUACUUCCCACAAGACUUGACCAUCAAGAUCAGUUUUAAUGAUGCGGGUCUUGGAGAAGGAACUCUGAAAUCCUUCCCACCUUCACUGACACACUUUAGCUGACUGUAAUUCCAGAGGCCCCAGGCCUGAAGGGACUCAGUGCAUAUUGAAAGGUGAACCAUCUCUGGAGAUUGGGGGAGACAAUUAAGAGGAACAUUCUUUUCUUAAAACUUGCAAAAUUACAGAAAUUGUCUUGUUUCGGGUCCUGGGCAUGUUUCUCUUAAAGCGGGUACGUACCUUAUCACAGGGUCUCUCCAUGCGCUCAUUACCCGCCCCAGCCAGCGUGGCAAUCACUCCCAGCCAUGGGGCUAAUGUCGCCUGUCUGGUCUGACACACUCUGUCAGGAUCACUGACUUUGGCUUUCUGUGAGUAUCUCCAGCAUCUCUCUCUGCUUGGGAAGCUGGGCACUGAGUCCUUCCGCAGCUCCGCCUCUCCUCGUGUUCCUAUGGCAUGUAGACACACAGCCCGGCAGAGACUGUGCCAACCAUGCUAAAUACCAGGAGAAGCCGUUGCACACACAGUUUCUGUCCAGUUUCCUCCCUGUUUCUCUCACUGCAUGCUUUCGCCUGUCCCAGGAACCUUUCCUUCAUACAGCCAUUGUCACCUUGCUGGACAAGCCAGUCACCUGAAGAAUUCACUGGAAGGUGUUCGUGUGCAUGCCAGAGGGUAAGGCCUGAAAGAUCUGUUGGUUAAAGCAAAGCCUGACAUUAGCUCCCAGGAAGGAAAAUGUACUAGCAUCUGAAGCCACCCAGUGUCAGGCUAACAGGGAAUAAAGGCCUUCUCUGUGGAGAGUGGACCUCUUGGUCCUUCCAGCUCGCAAAUUCUCAGGGCUGGGCUGGGUUGACAAUGGCUUUGUCUAUCCUGUGUCUCAGACAUCACCUCAGAGUUCUUCUAGGAAGGACAGUGAUCCCCCUGUAGAGUGGGGGGGGGGGAUCAGAGCAAAGGGGGCAGGCCCUGUCUUCAGGCAAAGAAAAGAAACACCUCUCCUGAGUUCAGAGGAAUUUUCCAGAAAAAUGAGCUGUCCUCGGGAGGUCAGUCCCCUUUAAAAAGUCAUGCAUUUCUAGAAUGGGGUUGAUAAACCUCUUUGUUGUAGAAGGCCAAUCUUGCCACUAUGUCCUGGUUUCUUCCAUCGUCUGCAUGGCUUUCACCCUUCCGUAGUGUGUGCAGCAGGGCCCUGGGGAUCCCCCGUGAUCACCAGGGAGGGGACACCAGUGCCUGCAGAUGAUCCUUUAUCUGCCAUCCCCUUCUCUUCAUUGACUGUGACGUGGACUUGAAACAUAUUACAACACUGAUUUCCUGCCCUCAGCCCCAUGUGCCAGAGGCCACAUCCCUAGCUCUGAGUGAAAAACUAGGUAAAUUAAAGCUUCUGUGUAGUCUUUCUCAACAAAAAUCAGCAAAGCCCCAAGUUAAAAGUCUGUGCUGAUUGUCUUCCACUCACUGGAAGAAGAACCUUCCUUGCAGCCCCUGUGUAAUCUAUUUCGGUUCACCUUCCAGGGACUGCAGGAAAUAUGCUACCCGACCACUAGAGGGAGCAGUCCUCUGCUCGUAAACCAUGCUCACCCUAUUAAGAAGCCAGAGGAUCUCUCAGCAUCUCUCAGUGGCUCAGGGAGGGAGUUCUCAUAACUGCCCCCAGCUGCUCCUUUGCAUUACUUCUUCUCAGCCCAGGAUUUCUGUGUUUUUCUUUCUGCCUUGCUUUUAGUACGCUCCAGCUGUUUGUUCUCUAAGCGUUUACACCCAACACUCUCUCUGUAAAGGUAGAUUUCUAGAGGGCUGGAAAAUGGAAGAGGCUCGCUCAACUUGUUGUGUGGUGUGAAGAACUCUAGAUAUUGCUAACACCUGCCCAAGAUAGUCUCCUCAUCUUAUUAAUAACUGUCUUAGAGUUGGCAUAUUAGUUUUCCCAUGUGAGGAACAAAAUGAAAGACUACAUUGCAACAGGGUGAUGAUCUGCCAGCCCUGCAGGGGGAGACCAGCGUCUGAUCCUUGACAGAUGAACAUUGUGUGUGUAGCCUGGUUGUCUUAGCAGAAGACUGGCCGAUGCCCUGGCCAUGGAGAGCCAAGAGCCAGAGCAAGAAGAGUCUAAAAGAUUUAUAAAGGAAAUUAAAAAAUAAAAUAAAAUAAAAAGUAAAGAGAAAGCCCAGACCUCAACAGUUCCCUGGAAAGCGGCUAAAGUCCUACCUUUGGAUUAAAAGAA